AUGAACUUCCCCAUUUAUCCCAACGAAAAAUACUUUAAAUUAAUAAGCUUAGCAAAACAAUAUGACCAAUGCCAGAAUGAUUUACUGCAUUAUAAUAAGAUAGACAAAAAAGGAAUCGAAAAUAAUAUAUCCUCUUACCCAAAAAAUGAGGAAAAAACAGGGAAUAGAAAUAUAGAUCCAAUCGAAUUAACUCAGGGAGAAACAACUUUUAGAUCAUUUAAUAUUCAUCAUGAAGAAAAAAAUGAAGAGGAUAAUAAAAGGGUUUCUAUAUCUACUAAUCAUAUAAAACAUAACUUUAAAAUAUCGAGAAAACGUCAAAAAAUGCCAACAUGUGUUAGUUCUAUCAUAGAUGAAAAAAAAAUAAAAAAUAAAUAUAAUCACACAAAAUCGUUUAAAUAUGACCCAACACAUCCAUUUAAAAAAAUAAAAAGAGAAAAAAAAUAUAACAUUUCAAAAAUAUCUGAAAAACGUUUAUUAAAGCGACAUUUGAAAUUGCCUCAUUAUUGUAGAAUGUCAAAAAAUAGAGGCCUUAAAUUAAAAUUUUCAAAACAAAUACAUGAUGGAAAAAAUAAUAGACAAAAAAAACAAUGUACAAAUAUUAAAAAAGAAAAGAAAAAAAAUAGUGUAAAUAACUAUCAACAAAUUGAUGGUAAUGAUGAUAAGAUAAAUAAAGAAGAUACACAUUUACAAAAAAAAAAAUUUACUCAAAAUGGUAUAUUUAAAAGUAAAAAAAAUGAAUAUAUGGAUGAAAAAAUAAAGAAUAGUAAUGAUAACAAAACUGAUCAAGUUAAUGAAAAAUCGAAUGUAACUUCAAAUAUAAAAUUAAAUCACUCUUUUAAAAAAUAUACAAAAACAAAAAAAAAUAAAAAUAGCGACUCUUCUAUCCUACGUAUAUAUCAUGAUCCAAAAAAAAAGUCUGCUAAAAUAAAUAAUAAACAUAUUCUCGAAAAAUGCGAAGAUAAGUUGGAUGAAUCUGACAAUAGUCAAAUAAAGGCCUCAGAUAAAUCACCAAAAAAUGACAACAUAGCAAAAAAUGAUAUUAUUUCAUAUAACGAAUUAAAUCUGAAUCCUCCUAUUUUAGGAUCUACUAAUAAAAAAAAAAAAAAAAAAUAUAUAAGAAAAAGUAUGAAUGAAAAAUGUACAAUUUAUAAGAAAGAAAACCUUGAAUUAAUGCCUUCCAAACACAUUGUUAAAAAAAAAAAAUGUUUGUCUAAAAGUUUUAAAUACAUAAAGAACAAUUAUGCGUCUCCUCAAAAGGUUCAUGCCCUCACUAACAAUAAAAAAAAAAAAAAAAAUAGCACCCAAGAUAAAUUUUAUAAAAAGGGAAAUAAAAAAAUAAAUCAUAUAAUUGUUGGGAAGUUCAAUGUGGAUAAAUAUAACAAAACAGUUAAAUCUAAAAAAAAAAAUUUUAUAAAAGAAAAUGUAAACAAAGAAUUACAAAAUGCCAAUGCUAAUACUUAUAAAGGCCUUUUAAAGGCUCUAAAUAGAAUAAGUGUUAUUGUUUCUACUAAAUGCCGAAAAAAAAAGUCAAGGAAAAAAAUAAAAAUGUAA